AUGGCCAUGGGAGAAAUGGCUGACUUGAAUUUACCGCCCGUUUUGACGCAGGAUAGCCGCAUGCUGAUCCUACCAUAUGAGAUUGUCUUCAUUGUCAGAGACUUUCUUCCGCUUCACUCGUGGAAUGCUCUUGUGCAAACAUGCAGACAUUUCUACAAUGCCUUCAUGCCAUCGUUGUAUUCCAUCACCAUCAAGAAUGACCAACGUGAUGUCUUCAAAUGGGCUGCAGGAAAGGGCCGCCUUGCCACUAUUCACCGGCUCCUGGAUUACGCACCCAAUGGCUACUUCAACUGCGUUCGUGGGGAGGCUGCUCUCCGUGAGGCUGCAUGGGCCGGGCAGACAGACAUCGUUCGUUGGUUACUGGACUCUGGCGUUGACCCAUAUUGUACACAAACCAGAACCGACAAGUUCGAGUCAUGUGUCUGUAAAAAUACAGCGGCACCGGUGCUGCUUGCAGCCUGGGGAUGCCACACUGAGGCUACCAAGUUAUUGCUGGAUGCGACGACUGAUUUUAACUAUGUUCGUUCUCUGGAGGAAAGUCCAGUGAUUGUGUUUGUGCGGAAGAAGGAGACAGCGUUGCUGAAGGAAAUUCUUGGCCGAGGCAUAGACGUGGACCAAAGAGACAUGCUUGGGCGAACGGCAUUGUUCCAUGCUGUAAUAAAUGAGCACAUAUCGGGUGUGAGACUCCUCCUGGAGUUUGGAGCAGAUAUCAAUGCAACUGAUGCACGCCAGGACACUCCCCUAUGCAUUGCCGCACAAUGGGGACUGGAAGCAGUUGUUGAGCUUUUGCUGCAAAGAGGAGCUCGGGUGGACAUGCCUGAAUAUGCAAGGGAGACGUCUCUGCAUGUUGCCAUAUCAACCAAUUCGAUCAAGGGUGUCUCUCUUCUGAUCGAGCUUGGUGCAAACGUGAAUGCGAUUGACUCAUCACAGGAGACUGCUUUACAGCGAUCACUAAGCGACUGGAUUGAACCCGGAAUUUUGAAGCUCCUUCUCGAUGCAGGAGCGGAUUUCACAGUCCCAAACAUCCAUGGUAACACACCAGUAAAGCGGGCAUUGAUGAGUAGGGCCAAAGAGAAAGUACGACUACUCUUAAAGGCGAUAGAAGCAAGAGGAGCCUCUUCUGACUUGCCAGAAUCACCUACUACUUUGCUACAUGCUGCUAUCUUUGCACAACAUGGUCUCGCAUACCGGCUCUUGGCCCAAGGAGCAGACGUUGAUAAACGGGAAAGUGCCACAGGGUUGACGGCAUUACUGGAAGCAGCGAAACAAGAACAAGACGGCCUUUUCGAUCUGGUGCUGCAAAAUAGUCUCGAUGUCAAUGCAAGAGGAUCCUGCGGACAAACAGCACUCUCGUUUGCGGCUAAGCACGGCAGCGAACAUAAAGUACGUUCAUUGCUGAAAAGGAACGCAUCUGUCGAUGCUCUUCUCCGGUACUGGACGCCUUCGGCAUAUGCUACCAAAAAUCAUCAUCUUCAGGUGGUAUUGCUCCUUCUUAGACAGACAAAGGGCGUGGAUCUUUCUGAUGAUUUUCUUCCGUCCGCGGUGACGUCCGCUGUGACCUUUGAUGAUGAACAAUGCCUGGAGUUUUUACUUGAGAAGGGCAAACUUGACCAACCCGAUAGGUCAUACGGUUAUACGGUACUUCAUCACGCAGCAAGACGUGGAGACCUAGCCGUCGUAAAGUGGCUGCUCAACCGAUCUGUCGGUGUUGACGCAGCAGGAUAUGACAAGCGAACGCCCCUCAUGCUGGCGGUAUAUAGCCGUAAUGACGCCGUUGUUGAACAACUUCUGCAGCACGGAGCCCGGCUUGACGCCCCAGAUACGCACCGUGCGACUGCCCUUCAUUGGGCCUUGCCAGAUUGGGCCGACCCGUCACUUGAAAUUUCCAAUUGCAAUUCUACUUUGUGGGUUGACCUCAUACGCGGGCUCCCUGUUAACUCGAACAUUGUGAGAAUGCUUGUCGAAGCAGGUGCUGAUUUGGAAGCGAAGAACUCAAUGGACGAGACUCCCCUGGCUCGCGCCGCCAUCAAUGGAUCUGCAUCAGCUGUUCGCCUGCUCCUCGAGAAAGGAGCAAAUGUCGAAUCCCGCGACAAGUGGGGGUUUGUUCCCUUGCUAUUGGCGGCUGAGAAGGGUCAUACGGCAGUUGUUUGUCUUCUGUUGGAGUACGGUGCAAGUAUUGAAUCCGCCAAUGCAGAUGGCAACACAGCGCUGAUGCUUGCUGCUGAUAAUGGCCACCACGAAACAAUUCUAAGUCUUCUGGCAAGAUCUGCCGAAAUCAACCGCGUCAAUCACGAUCACCGAACCGCUCUGUCAUGCGCCGCAGCGAAAGGCCACGACAAGGUUGUCAAGAUCUUGCUGCAGUACGGCGCGGAAGUCGACUUGCCGGAUCAUACAGGUCGAACUCCGCUUCUUUGGGCUGUGCAAAAUGAACAUAAGCGGUGCGUCGAGCUCCUUGUCCAAGGAUGCGCUGAUGUUACGAGAGGGGACAUUGAGGGCCGAACACCGCUCUGGUGGGCAUGGAAGAGGGAUCAGAGAAACUCACUGAAAAGGCUUGAUGCGGUUAUUCGAAUACUCUAUAACCGCCAUCCUGCUGCGAACAUGACCAACGACCUGCAUCAAGCCGACUGA